GGGUUUGAUCUCUUCCUGUAUGUGGCUGGGCGUUUUUCUGGCCGAUAUCUGGUGCAUGGGUCUCUUGGUCGAUGGGUGCGUGGCGGUUUGGGCAUUUGGGCCGACUGCUUUGCUUCUCUCCUUCUGCUAUUUGGUGCUUGGGUUCGUUUUGCCAUGGAGAAUCAGGGUCUUGCUUCUUCCCUGGAUCUAGAGAUGGUUGAUCCAUCCUCUUUAUUGAAUGCCAAUAACAAGGAUCAGACUGAGUUUCCUCUUUCUGGAGAGGGCACCUCCUCGUCAAAAGGGGCGUUUCGAAUUAAAAAAGUAAAUGGAUGUUUGGAGAGAUCGGAAGAUAGACCGGUUUUGGUUAUUCAGCCUGAGCAGGUUUCGAAGGAUGUUGACUACUGGUGCAGACAUGCUCUUAUUUGCAAAUUUUUGGGCCUUCGACUUUCUCUCCCUGUGUUGGAGUCCUGGGCACGUCGGGUUUGGAACCCUGAAGGAGAUUUGGAGAUUCUUUUAGCGGCAAACAACUAUUUCCUGGUUAUUUUUUCAAGCAUGUCGGACAGGAAUAGGGCUUUUGAAGGGGGCCCUUAUUUCUUUAACCAGGUUGGGCUCUUCAUCAAGCCUUGGCAUAUGGGCUUCAACUCUGCUGAGGAGAUCCCUUCGCGGGUGCCUGUGUGGGUUCGUUUGCCGAGGCUUCCGUUGGAAUUUUGGCAGGAAGAUAUUCUCCACUCAAUCUCUUUGCUUCUUGGGAAACCUGUUGGAUCGGCUUCACAGACUCAAGAUCGUAAGGUCAUAGAGCAAGGUUGCAUUUAUCCGAGCGAGUUUGGUCAUAUCAGAGACCUCCCAACACUGGUGGCAUGGAUGCGAGGAGAUGAUUUUCCUUCACUCACUUUGGUGAGACAGGGAAUGCCAUGACUCUCCUUCAUCGGUGUGUGUGUCGUGUCUGUAUUUAUAUAUUUGUCUAUAUGCACGUGUGGAUUAUUUGGUGCAGGACAUUGCAGGUACUAGUACUAGGUAGGUACAGGGUAUUGACUCCACCUGCUUUCACAGGUUUGAGCAUGCCUUAUAUAUAUCCGAUGGGAGUGGAGGAGAUAGUUGUUGUAUCCUAGUUUGACCCACAGUCACACACGUGUGAGUGUUGUCAGUCGGUUGUCUUUCCCGUCUGAUUGUUAUGCGAGUCAUGGUGCCUUGGUUUGGUCAUUUUGAGAGUCGUCAUUGGAUCAUUCUUGGUUUUGCAUGUUUCUGUUAUUUAAAUGGUUAUUUAAUUAAAUGGACGAUGUUAUCUUUU